AUGGCUAUGACGAAACUACCAAAACGGUCUAUGAAUUUCAUGGUUGCUUUUAUCAUGGGUGUGUUAAAUUUUUCCCAAACCAACGCUACGGGAAACACAAUUGUCAUCCAGAUCGUACUAUCUCAGAAAUCUAUGAAGCCACCUGUAAAAAAGACACAGAAGUUACGUCAAGCAGGCUAUACGGUGAUUGAGAAAUGGGAGCAUGAUUUUGAGAUUGAGAAGAAGACAAACCCCACUCUCACGGAACUUUUGAAGACCUUUCAGCUGUCUGAGCCAUUGAACCCUAGAGAUAGCUUCUUUGGUGGUAGAACCAAUGGAGUGCGUUUACAUUGUGUUGCAGCAGCAGGAGAAGAAAUUCGCUAUGUAGACAUCAAUUCGCUUUACCCGUACGUCAACAAAACAAAAACGUAUCCAGUGGGUCACCCCGACAUUUUGGUCAAUCCAACGAAUCAAGAUAUUGGCAGCUACUUUGGCAUAGAUUCAUAGAUUCUCCCACCACCCCAUUUGUAUCAUCCAGUACUCCCCGUCCACAUUGGUGGCAAACUCAUGUUUCCCCUAUGUACACAAUGUGUAAUGGAAGAAUUGGAAAAACAAUGGUUGACUCGUACAGCGGUUUGCACCCACAUUGCGGAGGAACGCUGUAUAACGGGCACUUGGUGCGCACCUGAGUUGCAGAAAGCUGUGGACCUUGGUUACAAGAUCCUAAAAAUUCACGGGGUGUGGGCAUUUUUCUGAAAAUCAGCGCAAAGAGGGCUUGUUUGCAGACUAUGUAAAUAAAUGGCUCAAAAAUAAAACUGAAGCAUCGGGUUGGCCGAAGAAUUGUACCACAGAGGCAGCAAAGUCAGAGUACAUCAAUGUUUACUACGACCGUGAAAGGGUUCAGCUAGAGCCUGCAAAAGUGGCCAAAAACGGGGGACGGAAACAAGUGGCGAAACUUAUGCUCAACAGGUAAUUAGGAUGGAAAGAUAGGACAAAGAUGUUCAAAGAAUCAUUGUCUGAUUUGUUUCCCUCUUUGUAUUUUCAGCUUCUGGGGCAAAUUCGGCGAGAAACCCAACAAGACUCAAACCUUUACCGUCACAAGUCCUGCAGAGCUAUAUGCAAUAAUAGAAGAUGCUGGUAACAGCAUUCACGACAUACGAAUUUGCACUGAUGAUAUAGUAGAAAUUGAUGUCAGUAAGGCUGUAGAAGAGGUCAUUCCAAGCAAUAAUACCAACAUUUUUAUCGCGAGUUUCGCCACGCCAUGGGCUCGCUUAGAGUGUACAAGUAUUUAGAGCUGCGGAAAGAGCAGGUCCUAUACUUUGAUACAGACAGCAUCAUUUAUCUUUGGCGUAACGGUUUACCUGAGGUGGAGACAGGCCCAUUUUUGGGUCAGAUGAACGACGAAACCGCUGGCGUACCCAUACAGGAGUUUGCGACAGGGGGUCCAAAAAAUUACACUUACAUGCUACAAAAUGGUGAAACAGGAUGCAAAAUACGCGGUUUUACUCAGGAUGAGCGGGGCAGGGCUCUGUUGAAUUUUUAUUCCAUGAAAAGUCACAUUUUAGCUGCGAUCAAAAACCCUGGGAAUGCACCACAACCUACUGCGGUACCUGUAAGCGUGAAUAUGGACACCAAUAGGACCACCAAGAAAAUCUGUCUAACCCUUAAAGUCAAGAAUUAUCGCCUUGUCUUUGAAAAGCGGGUGAUUCAAACAAAGGAUUGUAGCAGCAAACCUUAUGGUUAUGAUUGGAUAGGCCAACACACUUAA